UAUAUGGAUUAAAGAAAAAAUAUUGGAAAAUAAUUACAACUACAGUAAUAUAAUUUGGAAAAAUAAAGGUGGUGAUAAAAAAACUUGUGAUCGUUUAUUAGCACAAAUACGUAAUUAUGAAUUAAAAGUUGAUCCUUAUGAUCAAGAUGAAAAUGAUAAUAUUGAUAAUAAUAGUUAUUCAGAUUCAAAUAGUAGUGAUGAUAAUAAUAAUUAUGAUAUUAAAUUAUUAACAGAAAAAUAUUUACUUAAUAAUGAUAGAGAAAUAUUAUAA